CUUUUGCCUUGCUUGUUUUGGUUGUGUAUUAUUUAUUUUAGCCUCUUUUGUUGCGAUGUUUUGCGGUCGUAUUAUGUCUUUCUGUCAGUCAUGUUGUGUCUCUUUAAGGUCUCUUUAUGGUGGUGUCUUCUGUCCUCAACUGUGUGUUUUAGUGGCGAAAGCUUGUUUUAUAUCAGGACUGGUUUGUUUCGUCCACCUGGUUCAUCGUUUUGUCUCCUCCCCCCCUUCAGAGCUUCCCCCCCGCAGUGUCAGAGCCGAAUCCAUCCCAGAGUCGAUGCUGGAGACGGCCGAGCAGCUGAUGGUGGAAGACCUUUACAACCGGGUGAAGGACAUGAUGGACGACCGCAGCCCCUACAACACCCCCUGCGUUCUGGACAUCCAGAGGGCCAUGGUGCAGGACCGCCUGGACGUCAAAGACAACGCCGUGGACGAGGUGUGGCCCAACAUCUUCAUCGCUGAGAAGUCUGUGGCGGUGAACAAGGCCCGCCUGAAGCGCAUGGGCAUCACACACAUCCUGAACGCAGCGCACGGCACCGGCGUCUACACGGGCGAGUCGUUCUACUCCGGCAUGAGCAUCACGUACCUCGGCAUCGAGGUGGACGACUUCCCCGACGCAGACAUCGCCGUCCACUUCAGACCCAGCGCUGAGUUCCUGGACGAGGCUCUGCUCACACACAAAGGGAAGGUCCUAGUGGUGUCCAUGAUGGGCGCGAGCCGCUCCGCCGUGCUGGUGGCUUCCUACCUGAUGAUCUUCCACAACCUGAGCAUCAUGGAGGCCCUGAGCUCCAUGAGGAAGAAGCGCUCCAUCAACCCCAACGAGGGCUUCCUGAAGCAGCUGAGGAACCUCAACGAGACCCUGAUGGAGGAACGGGACGAUGACGACGACACGCUCAGCCAGUGCUCCGUCAUCGACGCCCGCGCCAGGAACCGCAUCUUCGGAGACGGUGGAGAUGAUGAUGAUGAUGAUGAUGAGGACGAGGAUACGGAUAAAGACGAGGAGCAGAGCAUGAUCGGGGUGAAAGCGCACUCCAUCAUGAUGGAAGAGGAGGAGGACGGAGGAAGCGUGAUGAGCAGCGUGGCGUCCUCCGCUGCGGCGCUCAGGAGCAGAUUGAUCGGACCCAACAACCAGGGACCAGAGGGAUCCACGCAGGAUCAGGAAGAGAUCGUCCUCCCCGAGCAGGAAGGCGGAGAAGACGACGAUGAGGACGGACUCGACAGCAUGAUCCGAGAGUGGCAGCGGAGAAACGAGAAGUACAAAGACGACGACUGGUGGGAGGCGCAGCUGAACAGCGACGGAGAGGACGGGGAGUCUCUUUUUGGGGGACGAGUGAGGAAGGAAGGCGCUGAUGCAGACGUGGAAAGCGUCACCAGCGAAGAUGUUCGAGUCGUGAAAGAGAAGUUGAAGCGCCGCUUUAAACGUCCCCCGUCAGACGCCAUGUCCACCUCCAGCUGCAGCAGCUACUCCGACCUGUGGAGGCAGAGGUUGAAGGAAAUCGAGGAACAAGCGGCUGCUCGCUACCAUAAGAAGGAGGACGAGGAAGGCAGCGAGAGCACAAACACAGAAGAAGACAAGACAAAGAAAAUGGACGAGGAAGUGGAGAGCAUCAUGUCCGACACCAGCUCCAUGUACAACUUCUGCCAGAAGAACAAGGAGAAGAUGACGCCUCUGGAGCGCUGGCGAGUCAAGAGGAUCCAGUUCGGCUGGAACAAGAAAGAUCGCGAGGACGGCGAGAAAAGUUCAGUCGGAGACGGAGAAGGAGGCGAAGGAGAGGCCAAGGCGCCGGCCUUCCAAGACGUGAACCUGACGGCGUAUCAGUCGUGGAAGAUGAGGCAGCAGAAGCGCCUCGGGGAGGAGAACACUCACGAGAUUUUGGAGAUGAGCCGCGGCGAGGAUUCUGCGACGGUGAAGCGGAGGCAGCGGCGCGAGGAACUCCUGGAGCGCUCCAAGAAAACUCUGGAAGAAAGUCAGUCCAUUUGCAGCUUUGAUGAGAACGAGAGCAUGGUCAGCGGCGGGACGAUCCCGCUUUCCGCUUUCUGGGCCGGCGCCGGAGUUACCGGGCCUCCAAGUGUCGCCAACGACGACACCAUGUCCAUGCUCAGCGGCAGAUCCUCCGUCAUAUCUUCAGUGUCGCAGCCUCGCAGCGUCAGAUCAGCGCAGAGCGUUCCUCCGAUCCUCCCGGUUCCUACGAUGCAGGGGCCGGGAGGAGAACCCAUGGUGAACCUGGCGAGCAUCCAGAACUGGAUCGCUAACGUCGUCUCGGAAACCAUCAAGCAGAAGCAGAGCGAGAUGAGCCUGCCUCCGCCGUCACGAGCCGGGACUGACGUUAGCUACGGCGGCGCGGCGAGUGUGAUUUCAGGACGUGUCGUUGACGACGAUAGAGCGUCUUUGUUGAGCGGCGCUUCCUGUUCCAGCGCUUUGUCGCAGAGUCGCAGCCGGGCGACGUCCGUCCUCUCAGGAAACUCGGGUCUUACCCUCGGCUCCAAGAAAAACAAGAUCACCACCACCAGCGUGCCGCUUUACAGCCUCUUCCAGGACCAGGUGGACAUGGGGAAACUGAACGCCAUGGACAAGGAGAUGAAAUCGGAGAUGAGGGGCAAGAUGUCCACCUACGAGAAGAAGAAGAUCCUGGAGGACAACAAGCGCAGCACCUUGUACAAGAAGAAGAAACCGAAGGAGGACGAAGACGAGGAGGAGGAGAGGAAGAAGAAGGAGGAAGAGUUCCUCCAGGAGCCGAAGAAAAAGGAGAGACCUGAGAGGAGUUACGGCCUCUCCGGCUGCUUGAAUCUGAACCCUGUGCUGGAGAGAGAUAAGAACACGAGCAUCGACGACUGGCUGAUUAGCGUACGUCCUCCUCCCAGGAAAACAGAAGUCGUGGAGGAUCCUUACGACGAUCUCGACGCGUCCGCUUCCGAGUUCGACUUCUCGAGCCGCAGGGCCUCGUACGCCGUGGCCGACGAAGAAGAGGAGGAAACCUACGCCUCCAGAUUCAGAUCAAGGUUACAAGAGGAGCCUUCAAGUGGCGCCGAUUAUUCCAGCAACGGCUUCGCUCAGUCGCAAAGUCGGGGAGCAGGGAGGUCGCGCGGAGAGGAGAGCUACCACGAUAUCGCCACCAAUAGGAAGUUCGCCAGUCAUUCUCGAUACGGAAGCAGCGAGACCGAAGGGAGGAGCAGCAGGAGGGAGGAAGCAAGCGAAGAAGACGACGAUAUCGCCACCUUCAUCGCCCAAACCAGGCAGAGGGUCAGGGAACGAGCCGCCGCAGAAUGUGAAGACGAUGAAGUGUUGGAAGCCUGGCGAGCACAGCAGGACGCCAAAUCACAGAGCAGGAGUGAGACUUAAGAGAUUUAGGAAAGAAAGUGUGACGACUGGAAACGAGCUGUGAGGUACAUCGAGGAAAUGAAACUAGUACUUGUGCCUUCUCAUCAUGCAUCAGAUCUUCAAGAAGAUUAAUUGUAUUGUCUUUAUUGUUAUUGUUAUUAUUAUAACUAGUUUAUUCCAUAUUGAAGGUUUUGGUUGCACCACCGUUGAAUGUAAAACACAUUUAGUAAAUAUUUUAAUGGAAGAUGACGUGACAAAAACUACUUUGUUUUAUUGUUGCAAUAAAUAUUCUGAC